CGUGUCUCUGUAAUCGUUCGCCAUGGAAGCCAGUAGAGAACAAAGGCGCAGAUGGGAGUAUUGGUGGAUUGCUUUGUUUUUCUCCUUGCUUCUGUGUUUUGGACAGCAGGUUUCAGCGCAGAUAAGAUAUUCUAUCCCAGAGGAAUUGAAAGAAGGAUCCGUUGUUGGACAUAUUGCUAAGGACCUUGGCCUUGAUGUCCGCAAUUUAGCUAACAGGAGAUUGCGUAUCGUGUCUGGAUCAAAGGAUGCUCUUUUUCAGGUAAAUCAAAAUAAUGGCGUCUUAUAUGUCCAUAAGAACAUUGACAGAGAGGAGCUGUGUGAUGGAAAUGGCGCCUGCUUGAUUAAUUUAAAAAUGGUAGUCGAAGAUCCCUUGGAAAUACAUUACGUUGGAGUACAGAUAAUCGAUGUUAAUGACAACUCACCCACAUUUACAGAAGAGGAGCAGCAUUUUGAGAUUGCGGAACACACACCCACAGGGACACGUUUCCAAAUACAGGCAGCACGAGAUGCUGAUACGACAGUAAAUAAUGUCCGGUCGUAUAAAUUAAGUCAGAAUGAGCAUUUCGAAGUUGAGACAAAGGAUAGAGAUGAGGAAAAAAUACCGCUUUUAGUUUUAAAGAAAGCACUUGACCGGGAAAACGCAGCGGAGCAUAGAUUAAUUCUAACUGCAAUCGAUGGUGGAAAUCCACCACGGUCAGGAAAUCUUAACAUAAUUGUUACUGUUCUUGAUGUUAAUGAUAACCGUCCUGUGUUCAGUCAAGAUUCAUAUUCUGUAACAGUGAAAGAAAAUGCUGCAAUCGGAACAGUAUUGAUAAAACUUAACGCAACUGACUUGGAUGAGGGUUCAAAUGGUGUUGUAGAAUACGCAUUUGGAAGGAACUUGAAGCGCAAAGUUUACGAUCUAUUUAAACUGGAUCGUGCAACAGGAGAAAUUCAGAUUAAAGGUGAACUGGACUUUGAGGAAACAGAGGUGUACAAAUUAGACGUACAGGCAUCAGAUAAAGGCCAGCCUCCAUGGAUCGUUGAAUCUGUCGUUAAUAUUAAAAUAAUAGACAUAAAUGAUAACGCGCCUGAAAUAGACUUAACCUCGCUUUCCAGUGUUGUUUCUGAGGAUUCUAAACCUGGCACUGUAAUUUCAUUGAUUAGCAUCAGUGACAGGGACUCUGGUAUAAAUGGGAAGGUUGUACCAAGUAUUUCUGAUAGUGUUCCUUUUGAACUGAAACCAUCUAUUCAAGAGAAUAUUUAUUCCCUUGUAACGAAAGGAAAACUGGAUCGAGAACUCGUGUCCCAUUAUGACAUAACAAUAACAGUCACUGAUUUAGGACAGCCGCCUUUAUCCUCUUUUAAAUCUAUGAGCGUGCAGGUAUCAGAUGUUAAUGAUAACAGUCCUGAAUUUUCUCAAAAUCCGCUUGAACUAUAUUUAGUAGAAAAUAACGCAGCUGGUGCCUCCAUACUGUCUGUGAGCGCAUCCGAUAAAGAUUUAAAUGAAAACGCAAUGAUUACGUACUAUAUUAUUAGAGGGGAUGCUGCACAAAAUGAUAUGGCCUCAUUUUUUAACAUUAACUCUGAAACGGGGGUAAUUUACGCCUUAAACCGUUUUGACUUCGAAGUAAUUAAAAAGUUUAAUUUCCAAGUUGUUGCAAGGGAUUCAGGAACUCCUCCACUUAGUAGUAACAUGACAGUGAACGUGUUUAUUCUGGAUCAAAACGACAACGUUCCAGUGAUCUUAUAUCCAGUCAGCGCUAACGGUUCUGCUGAGGGUGUGGAAGAGAUUCCCCGGAAUGUGAACGCUGGUCAUUUGGUGUCUAAAGUCAGAGCCUAUGACGCAGAUAUAGGAUACAACGGCUGGUUAUUGUUUUCACUGCCGGAAGUUAGUGACCACAGUCUCUUUAGUUUGGACCGCUAUACAGGACAGAUAAGAACCCUUCGCUCAUUCACAGAAACAGACGAGGCCCAGCAUAAACUGCUCAUACUGGUCAAAGACAAUGGGAACGUUUCACUCUCAGCAACAGCGACUGUGAUUGUCAAAGUUGUGGAGCCCAAAGAGGCUUUUGCAGCUUCUGAUGUUAAAAACGCAGUAAAAGACGAGGAGGAAAACGACGUGACAUUUUAUCUGAUCAUCACUUUGGGCUCGGUUUCAGUGCUUUUUGUCAUCAGCAUCAUCGUGUUGAUUGUGAUGCAGUGCUCUAAAUCUACAGACUAUUCGUCCAAGUAUUUACAGGACACAAAUUACGACGGGACUCUGUGUCACAGCAUCCAGUACAGAUCUGGAGACAAACGGUACAUGUUAGUUGGACCCAGAAUGAGUAUCGGCUCCACAAUAGCGCCAGGCAGUAAUAGGAAUACUCUAGUGAUACCAGAUCGCAGGAGGAGAGAUUCUGGAGAGGUAAGGCUGGCGAUUAAUUUUCAAUUGAUUGUGAUUUUUUUUUUUUUUUGA